AUGAUCCGAAUCUUAGCCCCCCUGGCGAGUCUGGCCGCUACGGCGUACGCCACCACACCUGCACUCGAAAGAGCCAACGGCCCGUCGGCACAGGCCGUUACUAUCAACUGCAAGCAAGCUUGCUCUCAGCUUUCCACGGCUUUCGGAUCCGCUUUCCACUGGCCGCAAAAUGACAACUUCACGAUCUGGGACGCGAAGCAGCAAGAAGUUCAGCCGGCUUGUCGGGUCGAACCCUCGUCGGCCAACGAUGUUGCCGAAAUACUCGAUACUCUCGUAUCUCACUGGUGCUACUUUUCAGUGAAAGGAGGGGGUCACUCUAGAAACCCAGGAGACUCCAACUCAGUCGGAGGAGUGACUAUCGAUCUCAAUCGUCUGAAUGGCGUCGAGAUCCUUCAAGGGGACAUCAGGGCGCGUGUAGGUGGUGGCGCGACUACCAUCCAGGUUUACGAGGCUCUGGAAUCUCGAAAUCUAUCCUUCGUUGGCGGUAGAGUUGGCAGCGUCGGCAUGGGUGGCUUCACCCUUGGCGGAGGAACGUCGCCUUUCUCUAACAAGUACGGAUGGUCAUUAGACAACGUUUACGAGUAUGAGGUUGUCCUCUCUAAUGGAACGAUCACGACCGCUUCAGAGAAGCACAACCCUGACCUUUAUUUUGCUCUCCGUGGCGGCGGAAAUAACUUCGGAAUCGUCACAGCCUUCACUGUUCGAACUUUCUCACAAGGCCCCGUCUUUACCAGCAUGACAACAUAUAGUGCGAAUCAGUCAAACCAAGUUCUCGACAAAGUCUAUGACUUGUUCACAGACAAAAGCCUCAGCGGUAAUAAGGAAAUGGGAUACGAUCUUUACUAUUCGUACAGCUCUGAAAGUGGCCAAUUCACACUGAGUGGAACCCAACGAUACGGGAAACCAAUCCAGAAUCCGCCCGUCUUUGCAGCCAUUAAUCGCAUUCCCACGAUGAGCAGAAACACAAACAUCGGUAGCAUGAGCGAAGCGGUGGACGGCACAGAUUCGAUGGGAACUACACGACACCUUUUUGCUACGCUAAGUGUGGCUCCAUCGCGCUCAUUGUUGUCGAAGGGCCUCGAGAUCUUUCAAGAGGAGGUGGAAGCCAUCAAGCAUGUCCCUGGCUUGGUUCCCAACUUCAUUUCCUAUCCGCUGCAGAGAAACGCUAUCAAGGCUAUGAAACAGCGAGGUGGAAAUGCAUUGGGGAUCGACCGAGACGAACCUCUUUUCUUGAUUCUUAUCUCGACGGCAUGGUCAAAAAGUGCCAAUGACGCCGAAGUUAAUCGGAUGACGGCCAACACCAUUGAGAGACUCAAUACUGCGGCUAAAAAGUUGGGAGUUGCAAGCCGAUACAAGUACAUCAAUUACGCAUCAGCCGCACAAGCUGGCACAGUGUUUUCUGGGUAUGGUGAUGAAAAUUUGCAGAAGCUGCGAGGAAUCCAGAGGGCGGUUGAUCCACGGGGAAUAUUCACAUCCGGAGGCUUGUGGCGUGGAUCCUUCAAAUUGCUCUGA